AUGGAGGGAAUACCGCUUUCCUGGGCACGAGACGUCCUCAAAUUUUCCCUCUCAGCAACUGCAUUAUCUUCGUACCCCUUCUUAGACGAUGUCGUGGCUUCAUCGAGCGGAUUGUCUGCGGCCGAUGAUAUUGACCUUGAUGAUCCAGGUAAAGAUCCUAAGUUCAGAAAGUUGGUGGAGGCUGUGUUGUUUUCCAGGAGGUUGAUGUGGAGCUAUAAUGCUGUGCUUGUGGGAGUUUUGGUGGCAUUUACGGUGUGGCAUUGGGGAGAAAAGGCACUUUGGGUGAAGAGAAAGAGGCGGGUUGAAAAGGCGUUUGGGGUCCGCGAGGUGGGGGAUGAAGCGUGGUCCUCGUCAAGUAGUACGAUUUCAGGCACUGCGACGCCUCUGGAUGCUAAGAAGAAGUCAAACACAGCCGGAGAAGAAACCGUUCCCCUUCUUCCAAGACGCAGACCUAGGCAGAAGAUUGGAUCUCUUAAAUGCUGGAUGCAAUACCAACCACCCAAAAUUCCUGUUAUCAACAAGACCCUACCACCGAAUUCGGUAUCGUUUCUCAUCCUCUCCUUUAUUGCCCUAAACAUCUACUUCAACCUCUACCGCAUGCCACUCGAUCCAAAAUACCUCUUCGUCUUCGCCGACCGCUGUGGAAUCAUCUUCGUCGCGAAUUUACCUCUCCUAUAUCUCCUAGCUGCGAAGAACCAACCAAUCCAAUUCUUAACUGGAUACUCAUACGAAAGUCUGAAUAUCUUCCACCGCCGGCUUGGCGAGCUCAUAUGCCUGGAGGCUUUACUGCACUUCCUUGGCAUGCUGGGGGUAUGGUAUGGACUGCUUAGACAUCUUGGAUUCUCGUUGGUCAGGUUUCUGCUAAAUCGCCUUGUUGGCCUCGGAAUUGGUGCUUUUGUCGCGUACGAAGUACUAUACUUCACAUCUCUGGGCAGUUUCCGGCAGCGCUGCUAUGAAAUCUUCCUCGCUCUACAUGUCUUCCUUCAACUUGCGGGUCUGUCGUUGCUGUGGUUCCAUCAUCAUACUUCGCGGCCUUACGUUGGCAUCCCCAUGGCCAUAUUCCUCAUCGACCGGCUUCUCUUCCGCCUAUGGCUGAAGACUUCUUCGCAUCCCGCGACUCUUACGAUUCUGGGCGAUAAUGAAACGAUACUCUUGUCCUCUAACUGGGACAUUUCGGCCUCGGCCUCCCCUCUACUUCCCAAGUCCAUGAAACAAGGCUGGUGGCCAAAUGACCACAUCUUCCUCACCAUCCCCUCUCUCUCACACAAACACAUCCUCCAAGCCCACCCAUUCACCAUAUUCUCCGCUGCCCCGACCACAGACCAGGGAAAACCACCAUCCGACUCCGACUCCGAAUCAGCACACGCAUGGUUCUCCCUCCUCAUCCGUCCCCAAUCCGGAUUCACAUCUACCCUCCUCUCCCACGCACGCCUCCAACCCAAGACCCGAGUCCGCCUAGACGGACCUUAUGGCUCGUCUCACGCCUUCGACAUAUUAUCAACCAGUAACACCGCGAUCAUAGUAGCAGGAGGAUCCGGUAUCGCAGUUGCGUAUCCACUUCUAUGGGCCCUACUUAAUCCCAGCGCUUCGCCUGCAGACAUCGAGCGUGGGCGGAGUCUGGAAACUGGCGGCAGCAGAAAUGUCAAGCUCCUUUGGAUAAUACAUUCGCCCUCUCACCGAACUUGGGUACCAGAGGAUAAGAUGCAGGAGCUUCGAUCCUGGGGACUGGAGAUGCUUCUUCCGCCUCCGACGAGUGAGGCAGGGCGUCCAGACGUCCGAGACAUUCUUCAAGGCUGGACUGAUAGGAGAACGGGGGUAGUCGUAUCGGGCCCCAACGGGCUAGUUCGAGAUGUGAGGAAUUCGUGCGCAAGGUUAGUGGGUGAGGGAGAAAGCAUUAAAGUCCAAGUUGAGAAGUUUGGGUGGUAAAGAGGGAUCGACUUGACCGAAGGAUGGAGGGAUGCAGGCUGGGUCAGUUAUACACGCAAGAUACGAGUUAGGGGGUCAUGCGGGCCAUCCUUGUUGGGGGAAGUGGCGUUAUCGGUCCUUCGUUUUCGUCUGGGGUUCGUACCACCGAGGCAGUCAUAGUCAUACAGGCGUACAACAUACAUUGGCGUGGAUAUGUUAGAUAGAUCUUAGAUCUAUGGGAUCGAUACGAUAGAUACGGGUACACGACAGAUAGAACUGAUAGAGAUCUUGGUUGAGAGAUGUGUCGUAUCUGUGAUACGAAC